UCCCCACUCGAUUCGACUCAUUAUUAUUAUACAUCUCAAAUAACAUCACAUCACACAUCUUCCACCUUACUAUGGAGGAGCCAUGGGAAAAUUGGCAUCUUCACAUGGAAAUGGAUUGCGGGAACGAUUUCUCAGGGAAGUGUCACGGCACUCACGAUGACGAGUUCCUCAGAGACAUCCUUCUUCAGCAACCACCUGCGGCUUUCUCGUCCGAAAGCGAAAGCGAUCACUCCUUCCGCCCUGUCGUCCAAAACACUACCAUCACCAACGACGGCGCCGUCAAAAGCAACAGCUCUCAAAACUCUUCCAAACGACCUCGUCCUUUGUCCACUCCCAGGACUUACAUUCUGUCCUUCGACAACUCAACCAUGCUUCCGGCCUCACCCGAACCCCGCCUCCGCUCUUCCAACAAUAAUUCCCCUUGGCCUCCGGAAAGCCCAGGCCCAGAACCUAGAAGGCCCAUUACUGGAGGAGCUAAGAAGACCAGAACCUCUUCUCAGACCAUCGAUCACAUAAUGGCGGAGAGACGAAGGAGACAGGACCUCACUGAGAGGUUCAUAGCACUCUCAGCCACCAUUCCCGGCUUGAGCAAGACGGACAAGGCCUCUGUACUUCGAGCAGCAAUCGAUUAUUUGAAACAACUUCAAGAAAGGGUACAGGAACUGGAGAAACAAGACAAAAAAAGGAGUAAGGAGUCAGUGAUAUUCAACAAGAAACCCGACCCAAAUGGAAACAACAAUGAAGACACCACCACCUCCACUGAAACGAACUGUAGCAUCCUUCCUGAGAUGGAAGUAAGAGUGUUGGGGAAGGAGGUGCUCAUUGAGAUCCACUGUGAGAAGGAGAAUGGUGUUGAGCUAAAAAUAUUGGACCACCUUGAGAAUCUUCAUCUCAGUGUCACCGGUAGCAGUGUCUUGCCAUUUGGAAAUUCUUCUCUCUGCAUUACCAUCACAGCUCAGAUGGGUGAGGGGUACCAAAUGACAAUGAAUGAUCUAGUGAAAAACCUUAGACAAGUGCUCUCAAAAUCACAUUUGCUAAGCGACAGUGAUCCGUACUAGUGUAUCAAACACCGAGUUGUAAUGUUUGGAAUUGGGAAAGUUUUGGAUUUAUUACUCUCUUUGAUUUUGGCUUGUUUUCAUGUUGAUCGUAACGUUAAUAAACAAACAUUGUGUGUCUGAAAGGAAUUUAUGCCCCGCAUCUACCCUGAUA